AUAAAGUGCUGUCCGUUGCGACUAGCGAUGCCAAUAGAUCGCCAAACCGUCAGAUUGAUGUGACUAGUGAGUUUCGCAGCGUAGUUAGCUGCAUGUCAGGUGGAGUGGGGCAGAAGUGAUGUCAGCAUCGGUAGCGGUGGCAACCAAAACAAAAAGAACGACCCGCCUUAAAGCUGGAGUGGUUGCGCUUUCUCGUAUGACCAGCCUCAGCCGGAAUUCCACUGGCAAAGUUGUCGGCUGCUUGCUUCCGCCUUCGACCGACGGGCAACCUGCUUGUGGUUCCGCGCAGCAGCAGCACUAAUGCAGCCUGAGGGGGGGGGGUGAGGGUGCUUAGCGAUGGCUGUGACGGCAACGGUGUCGAAACCACGACGACAUCAGCAGCUAUGGCAGUGUUCAACGAUGUGCCAAGGUGGUAGGAAAGCAGGCUACUAGACGGGAAAGGAAUCGCCUUUCUUUGCAACGAGAAGAAUUUCGACGAAGUGUUAGGGAUGGCGGAGGCUGUAAGGCGGCAUACUCCGUAAGGAGCUAGAGUCUAAGCGGCUGGAGAUGAGGGGGGCUCAUUGUGGCGAGCGUCGCUCCAUCCACCUGAAAACCUCGCGAAAUUCUAUGAACCUCCUCUUCACACUUUUGCCCAUCAUACGCACACCCUUUAUAUCUUUCUUCCUUUUCUCUGGUAGCUCUCUUUUGAGCACGCAAGGCAACCCGUGUUAAGCAGCGAGCGGCCCCAUCGGCAUAGCUGACUCUCAUCCGGGCGCCCAAUCAGCCCGUUUCCGGCCAGCCUGUUCUUCUUCGGUUGUUAUAAUUUUGCGCCUUUUUUGUUCCGAUCACCGCGCCCUCGGUGGAGCCCCAUGGAAUCAGCGUGCGGCGCGGAGAAGUGGAAAGUUCUUGCCCGAGUCCGGGAGAAACUGGGAUCCUAAACAGGGUCGUGCCAGCGGGCGUUGUCCGUCGACAGCGGAAGGGACCGGCAACCAAACCGGUAUAAGGGAGCACGAGGGGGGUAAAUGAAGCUGACCGAAAUGAGAGAAAGGCAAGGCGAUGUGUGUAUCUGGGGGAAAGGGACACUCCUUCUUGGGGGUAUUGUGUCUAGUGGCUGGCGCCGCGGCGGCGGCCACGGAUCGCCGAACGCCACCAGAGCACAAAGAGCUUCGCUUCUCAGUCGGUAUCCAGACGUCCUAGCGAGAAGAUGUCUCUCGUAAAAUUAUCAGUCUAGCGCCCUGGCAACGUGCGUAGAAAGACAAUUGAAGUUACCGCAUACGGAGAACGUGUUGACAACGGUUGAAGCAGCUCGAUUGAGGGAUACGGUCCCUAACCCCCGUGACGACAUUGAGUCGAGGAUCUGCUGUGCACUUCUGUCCUAUGUGGAUUAAACUAGAUACGAUUGAUUAACUCUUCUCGGAAAACUUUGCUUUGGCAGGACGCACGUGUCGUGAUAGAAGUCAGUGUUGUUGAUUUUGUUGUAGUCCUGCAGCCGUUUGCAGUGGUGGUGAAAGUGGUGUUCUGCUGAAAACAUUACGUCCACGAAGGUGAAAAUUCGACUGCUUCUCUUGCUAUCUCUGUCGGGUCUAUAACAGAUAACAGCGCCCCAGUUGGGCGCCACUUACGCACGGAGCAGCUGCGCUGAAGUGGAGCACCGGCUCGUGCUCCAUUAGAUUUGAGGGGAUGGCUAUAGGCUCACGAUCCGCUUGCCAUUUGCAGUCGUUCGCGUCUCAGUCAGGUGACCCUAAGGUUCGGUGGCGUACCUCUUUUCGAGCAGGAAAUAGCGGCCACAGUAGCUGUCGAUGGGCCUACAGCUGUUGGUUAGCACUUUUAAGCUUGCUCCUACUUGUCUCGCUUGCUCCACCAGCGGGCGCCACAGAACCGAAACGUGUUGCUAGUCGGAGUCGAAGCCCGCGCAGGACUUCCUCAAGACAUGUUAUAGCCCAGUCAACAUCGCAGACACAACAUACUUCAACAGUAAAGCAUUCGGCGAACGAUCACAAUCACAAAGCUCCACAUCACCUUAAUCAAGGGGCAGUCAUUGAGAAGGCAUCGCAUCUCGAGUUGACUUUCCUUUUGGGCCAUAAAAUCGUGCUAGUGUGCAUCGCACGGGGUAUUCCUCGGCCAAAGAUUACUUGGCUUAAAGAUGGCGUUGAGAUUGCGGGUCAUCCGUACGUUCAGAUAUCCGAAUGGCUCCGCGAGGAUAACCGAAUCAAGUCCAAAUUGGAGAUCGAUCCUGCACGUCAGAUGGACUCUGGCAGUUAUACGUGCCAAGCUGACAACAAGGUUUCUGUAGACCGAAAAAUGUUCAAGGCCGAAGAUUUCCCAGACCUUCCCCUAAGUUAGAGCUGACCUGACGCUCGCCCCUAAACACAAAAAUGUCAUGGCGAAAGCAAAUGUCAUUUAAGAAAGAGCAAGUAUUGUAUAGCAAGUAAACGUAUCAUAAUAGCUUUGCCUAUGUGCUACUUCCUACGUGAAAGGCGAGGGCUUGUCCCUAUGAGGUCCAUGAGAUGCUGUGCUUGCGGUACAUGUACACAGAUCCACAUCCUAGAAUGCCCGAAGCCACUGCCGCUGUCGCUGUCGCCGUCGCUAUCACCGUCACCAGAGUUCAUCGUGCAAAUAUCGCGUUCUCUGGUUGCCCCUACACCGUCGACUGAUGGAGUUCCACGUCUCAGACACCAAGGCAUUUGUUUAAGUUGGCCUUUGUGAGCUGCUCUGCAAUAGCUCCUCUGGCUACAUUUGUUGGACGUCCGCGUGCAUCGUUCAGCACUUUUACUACCGUACGAAUCGUGGGAACCUAGUUGUUGCACCUAAUCUAUCCCGGGAGAUCUCACACACACAGCAACGCCGCAGAAGUUGUUGUUGGCGUCGCCCGAUCCAGGUGCAUAGCUAGCCGAGUUAAGCACUGGAAGCAUGUUAGUAGAGACCUUUACGGUCUUACUUCCUAUCGGCGAGCAGGAGUGAAGGCCUGGGUGGUAACGGAGCAAAAUUGAGCCAGCGAGCAAAAAGGGCCAAUGGAAUCAUUUUCUUUCAAGGAUAUAUAAAGAUAGCUCUAUCCUUCUGUACCAACAAGCAGCAAGAAAUUUAACAUGUGGCCAGGGAAUGGCCCAGAUCCGUCUGUAGCCCUCGGAGAGUAUUUAAGCUGCAGUUGGUUUUGGUGUGUAGUUGUUUUGUAUGUCUUCCGCGUACGUACUAAUGCCUUUUGCCCAGUGACCGAUGUUAACGUUCGGUUGUUAGUUCGAGCGCCUGCUGUAAAUAAUUAAAGUGUACAAUUAUGUGUGUUAUGUUCUGUACCUUAGAAUAUAAAUUAUUUACUUUUUAAUUGUUUUCUUAGUAAAAACUUCUAGUCAUAUGAUGUUUAAUAGUCUCCUAUCGUAGUGUACCUUUUUUCAUAGGCUGAUGCAUAUUGUUGAUGUCCUGACACGCAUCGAAUAUUUGCUAACUCGAUAGCAGACACUUGAUUGGGUCUCGACGGUCCCAUAUAAAUGAUCUAGGUGGUCUGCCUUUAUUGACUAUAGCGUGACCCGUUGUGAGUGACAUGAUAACUGUAUCACACAAUAUUACAGUCGUGCAAUAUCGUGCGUUAUUAAUCGUUGAGUGGAAUCAAGCGAAACAGUUACCAUCGAUGUGUGUAAAAGAAUUAAACAGAUCUGAAGCAGGCCAAUGGACAGUUAACAGAAAAAAAAAAAAAAAA